UGCGUCCCCUGAGCAAAACGGCGACACCAUUUCAUAGGAAGAAAUGAAAACAGACAGAAAUCAACUGCCGGUCAUUUCUCAAUAAUUGAAUUGAUAAGAGCACAUGUGUGUCCUGACGGAACCGGACGCGUAGAAGCCCCGACCUGAUUUGGAGAAGUGAAGAACUUCUAAACUGCGCGACCGAACCGGUCCUGAGCUCAGUUACGGAUCUGUUCUGUGAUAUUUGUUUGUUCGUUUGUUUGUUCGUUCGGGACGAGCUGAAGAAGCGCGGUUCCGUCCACAGCACAGAUGGAUGGAGAUGAGGAGAUCCGGUCAGAUGAUGGCAGUGGUACUCCAGUCCAGGACGAGCAAGAGGAUCUGCGACCCGAAUCACGACAGUCAGACGAAGAUGGCAGCGAUAAUGAGGACACCACUCACGACAGGAAGUCUGAUAUCGCAGACAGCGGGUCGGAUCACGAAGGUCGUGGAGGAGACGGCAGCGAUUCAGAACCCGAACCACCGCGUCCCGCUGACAGCGACGAUGAUGAGGACAGCUCGCCUGUAAAGCGAAUAGCGAGCAGCUCCGACAUCGAGGAGGAGGAGAAGACGCACCCCACCAGCGACUCUGACCACGACGAGCAGGAGACGCGACGCAGCCCGAGAUCAGGCGCAGGAAGCGAUUUAGACGACGACGACAAACCUAAACAGAAACCGCAGAGAGCGUCUGAUGAUGAAGAGGAAGGUGGGAGAUCAGAGAAAGGGAAGUGGAAAUCUGUGAUGAACUCUGACAGUGAGGAAGAAGAGGACAAACCGAAGGAGGAAGCAGGAAGUGACCAGGAUGAAGGGCCCAAACGACGGGCUCUGGACAGCGAUGAAGAUGAAAAGCCUGCGAAGAGGAAGAAAGCCAUUCUUUCAGACAGUGAGGAAGAGGAGGAGAAAGAGGUGAAGAAGAGCCGGCUGGUGUCUGAUGAUGAUGAUGAUGAUGACUCUGGCAGUGAUGAAGGCUCUGGAGCUCCUGAUAAGAGUUUAGCCGCUAAACUGAAGGAGCUGGGCUCAGACAGUGAGGAAGAGGAGGACGGCAGCAAGGCAGACGGUGGGAAGAAAGACGAGAAAGCACUUUUCGGGAGUGACAGCGACUCGGGCGAUGAUGCAGAAGAGAAAAUGAUCGCGGAUAUCUUCGGUGAGUCUGGCGAUGAGGAAGAGGAGGAGUUUACGGGCUUCAAUCAAGAGGAGUUGGAGGGCGAGAGGCAGCAGUCUCCGGCCGCAGGAAACAAGGCCGCGGAGAACGACUCUGAUUCUGAUGAUGUCGUGGACCGAGGAGGACAUGACAUGUCCUCAAUGUCAGAUUUUGACAUCAUGUUGGCUCGUAAGAAGGCUCAGAGUGGCAAACGCCGACGGAAUCGAGAUGGGGGGACGUUCAUCAGUGACGCGGAUGAUGUCGUCAGUGCGAUGAUUACUAAAAUGACAGAAGCUGCAGAGGAGGACAGAACUUUAAACAGUAAGAAGAAACCGGCUCUAAAGAAACUCAUGCUGCUGCCCACAGUAGUGAUGCAUUUAAAGAAGCAGGAUCUGAAGGAUACGUUUAUAGACAGCGGUGUGAUGAUGGCGAUUAAGGAAUGGAUCAGUCCUCUGCCGGAUAAGAGUCUGCCAGCGCUCAAAAUCAGAGAGGAUCUCCUCAGAAUACUUCAGGAAUUGCCCAGUGUGAGUCAGGAGACACUGAAGCUCAGUGGCAUCGGGCGAGCCGUCAUGUACCUCUACAAACACCCCAAAGAGUCUCGACCGAACAAAGACCUCGCGCUCAAACUCAUCAACGAGUGGUCGCGGCCCAUCUUUGGUUUAACGUCGAACUACAAGGGAAUGACGAGAGAAGAGAGACAGCAGAGAGACCUCGAUCAGCAGAUCGCCCCCCGCAGGCGACUCAGCAGUCUGAGCGGGCAGAAGAACCAGACGUCUUUUCCCAUCUCCUCAGGUUCAGUCUGUGUGCGUGUGUGUUAGUUUGUUUGUGCGUGCUUGUUUGCGUAUAUAGUGUGUGUGUGUGUGUGUGUGUGUGUGUAUAUAUAUAUUUAUUGUGUGUGGUUGUGUGUUUUUGCGUGCGUGUUUCCGUUUGUGCUUGUGCGUGCGUGUUUGUGCAUUUGUGUAUAGUGUGUGUGUAUAUAUAUAUAUAUUUGUGUGUUGGGCGUGUGUAUAUAGUGUGUGUGUGUGUGUGUUUGUGCGUGUGUGUUUGAGCAUAUGUGUAUAUAGUGUGUGUGUUUGUGCGUGUGUGUUUGAGCAUGUGUGUAUAUAGUGUGUGCAUGUGUGUUUGUGCAUAUGUGUAUAUAGUGUGUGGGUGUGUGUGUGUGUGUGUUUGUGCAUAUGUGUAUAUAGUGUGUGUGUGUGCAUGUGUGUUUGUGUAUAUAGUGUG